CGAGUAGUUUAGCUUCAUUCCACCACGGAGAAGCCAGUGGAACGUGUCGGUUAUAGCUCAAGUUGGUACUUUAAUUUGCAACCACGUAGAAACAGCCAGAAAGGAACAUUUAUUAACAUAAUACAUUUGUUUUAUUGCCUGAAAGGACAUAAAGUGAGCUACAUAUUACGGACUGGAAUCCAGGACGAAUUCUGUGAUCUACAAAUAAACUAUCUAGCUAGCGUGCUAACAAAGAAAAUCCUUUCUCUUGAGAAAUAAUCCUCACUAUUCUCUUUAGUUAUGAGUCAUGUGGUCGUUGAUAAUCCACACGGUCUAGAUCAGCAGCUUGCUGGCCUAGACUUGAACUCUGACGGACAAGGAGGCAGGCGUUACAUUCCACCUCACUUGAGGAACAAAGAGGUUUCCAAAAACGAAAAUGCCUAUUCCUCUGGUAGACAGUACGGUUAUUCAGUGCCACCACCAGUAAACUUCUACUCUCCAGGAGGAUGGGAUGGCGGACGCAGCAACGGCUUCGCCAACGGUUACCAUGACAACCGCAAUGGGGGACGCGGCGGGCCUCCCCGAAAUGACAGAGGUGGGCGUGCCAGCUACCGCGGUAACACCAUGGGUGGCACCUCGUUUAAUCAGCCAGUGCACACCGCAGGGUUUGGUGGUGGACAAGAUGGUGGAGGCUGGGGAGGUGCUCCCAGACAAGAUGCGGCCUAUAACAGCUUUGGAGGGAGGGGCAAGUCUUCCUUCUACAGCGACCGUGGAUCAUCAGGGGGCAGAGGGGGUUAUCAGCGUGGAGGUUAUGGUGGUGGAGGUAACAACCGCUGGCAGGAAGACUCCAGGGACGACGAGGACUGGUCCAAACCCAGCCCCGCCAACGAACGCCUGGAAGCGGAGCUGUUCUCAAGCGGGAACACUGGUAUUAACUUUGAGAAAUACGACGACAUUCCCGUGGAGGCCACUGGCGCAAACUGCCCGCCACACAUCGAUAGUUUCCAUGAUGUGGACAUGGGGGAGAUCAUCAUGAGUAACAUUGCCCUGACCCACUACACGCGGCCCACCCCCGUCCAGAAAUACGCUAUCCCCGUCAUCAAGUCCAAGAGAGACCUCAUGGCCUGCGCUCAGACUGGCUCGGGUAAGACUGCAGCCUUCCUGGUGCCAGUGCUGAGCCAGAUCUACACACAGGGGCCUGGAGACGCCGGAGCGGCUGCCAAGAACGGGCAGGACAGCGGUAAAUAUGGGCGCCGUAAGCAGUAUCCCCUCUCUCUGGUCCUGGCUCCCACCAGAGAACUGGCCCUGCAGAUAUACGAAGAGUCCAGAAAGUUUGCGUACCGCUCCCGCGUGCGUCCCUGCGUGGUUUACGGUGGGGCUGACAUCGGACAGCAGAUCAGAGACCUGGAGCGAGGCUGUCACCUUCUGGUGGCCACACCCGGACGCCUGGUGGACAUGAUGGAGAGGGGCAAGAUUGGCCUCGACUACUGCAACUACCUGGUGCUGGAUGAGGCUGACAGGAUGUUGGACAUGGGCUUUGAGCCCCAGAUCAGACGCAUCGUGGAGCAGGACACAAUGCCCCCUAAAGGCAUCCGCCAGACCAUGAUGUUCAGCGCUACCUUCCCCAAGGAGAUUCAGAUGCUGGCGCGUGACUUCCUGGAGGACUAUAUCUUCCUGGCCGUGGGCCGCGUGGGCUCCACCUCUGAGAACAUCACCCAGAAGGUGGUGUGGGUGGAGGACGGUGACAAGAGGUCCUUCCUCCUGGACCUGCUCAACGCUACAGUCAUUCCCAGUGACGCUCCUGAUGUUCAGGAGGCUGCAGUGACACCUGGUAAGGAGUCUCUGACGUUGGUGUUUGUGGAAACCAAGAAGGGAGCGGAUGCCCUGGAGGACUUCCUGUACCGCGAGGGCUACGCCUGCACCAGUAUCCACGGAGACCGCUCCCAGAGAGACAGAGAGGAGGCGCUGAACCAGUUCCGCUCCGGUCGCUGCCCCAUUCUGGUGGCCACCGCGGUGGCUGCUCGUGGUCUGGACAUCUCCAACGUCAAGCACGUUAUCAACUUUGACCUGCCCAGCGACAUUGAGGAGUACGUCCACCGUAUCGGUCGUACUGGUCGCGUGGGGAACCUGGGUCUGGCCACGUCGUUCUUUAACGACAAGAACAGCAACAUCACCAAAGACCUGCUGGACAUCCUGGUGGAAGCCAAGCAGGAAGUACCCUCCUGGCUGGAGAGCCUGGGUUACGAGAACCAGCACAAGGGCAACACGGGACGCGGACGCUCCAAGAGGUUUUCCUCGGGUGGAUUUGGUGCCAGGGACUACCGCCAGACACCCGGCGGUGGCGGCUUUGGAGGUGGUGGUGGGCGCGGCGGCCCUCGCACCGGGGGUCACGGAGGAGGAGGAAGUCGUGGCGGCUUCGGUGGAGGUGGCUUUGGAGGCGGGAACUCCUAUGGUGGCAACGAUGCCGGCUACGGUGGCAACUACAGCCACUCCGGUAGUGGAACUGACUGGUGGGGCAACUAGUCGCCAUAGCAACCCGGUUGCCACGCCAACCAAACUCAUCCUCUCACGGAAACCACAUGUUGACUACGCCAGACUAAAACACCCCCUGCCCCCCCCCUCACUCAACCCUGUGUAGUUUCACUGACACACAGUACAUUGCACACACUCUGAUUCUCUGCCCCUUCGCUUCUCUCACAAGGAGCAAGACUCAACGCCAAGACUACCAGUGCAGCGCCAAUCUAUUGGAGAAGAGCAGAGACCUUUUUAGAUAAAAGGAGUGCUGACAUGUAUGGUCUGAUAUAGAAACUCAGACUUUCCUUCAAAACGGCAACUCCUUUUUUCUUUAGAUAAACAGAAAAGAAACAAAGAAUAACCUGAGGAUCAUUUGUAUGUUAAUGUACUGUGCCUUUUGAAUUUAGACAGGACUAAUUCUGUGUUGUCAUUUCACCAAAUGAAUGUGGCCAAGCGCUCUAAAUUGUUAUUUAUUUGGUGAAAAAAGAAGCAUAGAGAAAAAAAAAAGAAGAAAAAAAUGCUUGUACUUAAUCAAACCUUGGCAAACACUGGGGCAUUGUGGCUCGUUCGAGUCAUGAAUCCAUUUGAACCUUACAAAAUUGUCGCAGUGACAUCAUGUAGCCUUUUCUCGGGUUCAGCCCAGAGUUCCAACAGCUAACAUCACUGUAGCGUCCGACAUCACUGGGCCGUACUCCUAGUGUGGCUAAUAGAACUGUAUUCUAAUCUUUAAGGGACGAAGAGUUCGAUUACUUUUUCUUUUUUUGCUCACUCUAUCCUGGAUAGGCUCCUCUAUAAAGGAUACGGUAGUCUUUCGAAAAGCCAUUCCAGUUGUGAUCUCUUAACACGGAAAGUCGUUAAGCUCAAUGCUAACAAACGCACACUGGGGUUUAAUUCAAACAACGCAAACACUCAAUGUUGGAACUUGUUACUCCACAUCUAUUGACUUGACUUGACAGUGUUAUGGCAGCUAGUAAAGUUAACUAAACGCUAGCUACAUUAACUGGGCAGUGUUUUUUUUGUUUUACUUAAACUGUAAACAUUUGAAGUGGGCGCAUGCGCGGUAUUGAUAAAGUUUUUUGAUUUGAGUGAAAUGUUUCUCCACACCUGUAACAAAAAAUGGCGCCAUCUUGGAAGUGAAGUUCAAAAUGGCUGCAUAAGGACCACAGCGUCGGGGGGGG